UUAGGUUUUUCUUUUAAACGUUUUAUAUAUUAUAUACUGAAGCCUUGAAUUAAAUUACUUUUGUGCUUCAUGGCCACCUUCAAGCCAAAGUUCAUUAAGCCCGAAACUGACGAUGCAAUCACAGACACCAGUGGCAGCACAGAGCAGAGCUCGGCGUUUGUGUUCAACGCCAACCAAAACCUGGGAAUAGAGGAACAGCGGGAGCGCCUUCCGAUUCGGAAGUAUCGCGACCAAAUCCUCUACUGCCUGGAAAACUACCAAGUGGUCAUACUUGUGGGCGAAACAGGAAGUGGUAAGAGCACACAGGUGCCACAGUAUUUGUACGAAUUUGGCUGGCACACUAAAGGAUUGAUUGGAAUAACUGAACCGCGACGUGUUGCAACUGUGACGUUGGCGAAUAGAGUAGCGCAGGAGCGGGGGGAGCUAGUGGGCGAUUCCGUCGGCUAUGUGGUCCGCUUCUUAGAGCGCAUGUCGUCGGAAACAAAGAUCAAAUACAUGACAGAGGGCAUUUUGUUGCGGGAGCUACUUGCGGAUCCGCUGCUUACACAGUACGGAGUGAUUAUUGUGGAUGAGGCACACGAGCGCAAUAUGCUAACAGAUAUGGUAUUGGGCUUGUUAAAGAAAAUAUUACGGAAACGUAGCAAUUUGAAACUCAUCAUUUCCUCGGCCACCAUCGACGCUAGUUUCUUUAGCGAGUUCUUCAGCUGGCCGGGCUCAACUCGCGAUGUCAGCGUUAAGCUGAGUAUUGAAGGACGUAUGCACGCUGUUACUAAGUACUACUUAAAUGAGCCUUGUGCAGACUAUGUACGUGAAACGGUAGAAACGGUAUGGAAGUUGCACCAAAAAGAGCCUUUUGGAGACAUAUUGGCCUUUCUUACCGGCCAGGAGGAAGUGCUAGAGGCAUUGGAUUUGCUGAGAGAAUACAUUGCCAGUUCCGAACUGGAUAAUCUCAAGGUGGUGCCCAUGUAUGGCAGCAUGACAAGCACAGAUCAGCUCGCGGUGUUCUUCACCCCUCCAAAAGGCGUGCGGAAAGUGGUUCUGGCCACAAAUAUAGCAGAGACAUCGAUUACCAUACCAGGCAUUGUCUAUGUCAUAGAUUGUGGUUACGUCAAGGUCAAAUGUUAUAAUCCCGCCACCUGCAGCGAUAGUCUUGUAAUUGUGCCCGUAAGUAAAGCAUCUGCCAUACAACGCGCUGGUCGCGCAGGACGCGUGCGCCCAGGAAAAGUAUAUCGUUUAUAUACAAAGUCGGACUUCGACUCUCUGGCACCGCGACAGCCGCCGGAAAUGCGUCGGAGUGAAAUGAGCGGCGCCGUCUUGCAGCUGAAAGCUUUGGGCAUUGGUAAUAUAUUGCGAUUUGAUUUUCCCUCACCACCACCCGCAAAGAACCUAUUGUCGGCGCUGGAGACACUAUAUGCCUUGGACGCAAUCGACGAGCAGGGCAAUCUGACGAAACCCGUGGGUUUCUUGCUUGCCGAGCUGCCGUUCGCGGCCAUGCUGUCGAAGAUGCUCUACAUAUCCGGUCAGAUGGGCUGCUCUGAGGAGAUUAUCACCAUUAUUGCCAUGUUGCAGGUGCAAUCUGUCUAUUCCAGACCUCCGUCAGCGCAGGCCCAGCAAAGUGGUCGCAUCGCACAUCGACAUUUCGAGGUCGCCGAAGGUGAUCUGAUAACACUGCUUAACGUUUACACUGCCUUCGUAGAGGAGGGCAUGACCAAGGAGUUCUGUGGCCAGUACUAUCUUAUCUAUCGCAAUUUGAAGCGGGCUUGUGAGCUGCGCGAGCAGCUGUUGGCAUUGGCGCGCAAAAAAUACGCAAUUCCAAUAUUUUCAUGCAAAGGGGAUGUGGAAAUGGUUUGCAAAUGCAUUACGGCGGGCUUCUUCACACAAGUGGCCUAUUUGCAUCAUUCCGGAGUUUAUAGACAAAUUAGUAGCGGCACGGAGCUGGCAAUACAUCCAAAUUCGACGCUAUAUACGCUACCACAAGCGCAAUACGUAGUCUAUUGCGAGCUGCUGCAAACCACCAAAUUAUUUAUGGAUCAACUGACGGUAAUCAAAAAGGAGUGGCUAACAGAAGUUGCUCCUCAUUACUAUCAUCAGACAACUAUGCGACAUUAGCGCUUGGCUCCUAAUUCAAAUGGUUCUUUAGCUGUGAUACAAACAUUGCUGUUAACCGGCAGCAACGCGACCACGUCCCUGGAACAUCAUCAUGGAUUCGGGACCACGGAUAACGCGUGACAUUAGUUCCCAGCACAUUUUCGCGGGCAACAAGCUGCAAAAGAAAUGUGUUUAUAGCAAUUAAUUUCAUGUUAAUUUGAGCUUUUUCAUAAACAAUGUGGAACACAAGAAAUCUCAAAA